AUGACGACGGUCUCUCGGACACUCCUCUUUGUGUUCUGCCUGGUGGGCGUAUCUCUCACGCGAGCGCACAGUCCCAAUCCUUUUUCAGGGCAGCAGGCCCCGCCCCCUGACCCCUGCUAUGACGAAUCUGGUGCGGCUCGCCGCUGUAUCCCAGAGUUCAUCAACGCGGCGUUCGGACAGGAAGUGAGUGUUUCCAGCGUUUGUGGACGUCCGCCCUCCCGUUCCUGCAGUGUUGUGGAACGAGGCGACGAUCGUCCGUCUGUUCGCACCUGCCAAAUCUGCGACGCCUCCGACCCCCGCAGGGCACAUCCCGCCUCUUACCUCACAGACUUAAACUCCGCCCACAAUCUCACCUGCUGGCAGUCUGAAAACCUCCACUCCUCUCCGUACAAUGUCACACUCACCCUGUCCCUGGGCAAAAAGUUUGAGAUCACCUACGUCAGCCUGCAGUUCUGCUCCCCGCGCCCUGAGUCCAUGGCCAUCUACAAAAGCAUGGACUACGGUAAGACCUGGACCCCCUACCAGUUCUACUCCUCCCAGUGUCGACGCAUGUACAACAGGCCCAACAAAGCCACCAUCACCAAACAGAACGAACAGGAGGCGGUCUGCACUGACGGACACACGGACCCCUACCCCCUGUCUGGAGGCCUGAUCGCUUUCAGCACGCUGGACGGUCGACCGUCGGGGAAAGACUUCGACUCGUCGCCUGUCCUCCAGGACUGGGUGACCGUCACGGACAUUCGGGUGGUUUUCAGCAGACCUCAGCUGCCUCGUGAGCUCGGCGAGGACCCGCAGGGGCUGUCCGGAACACUGCCCGCGUAUUUUUACGCGGUAGGGGACUUUCAGGUGGGAGGAAGGUGUAAAUGUAACGGUCAUGCCUCACGGUGUGUGAAGGACAGAGACGAGAAGCUGGUGUGUGACUGUAAACACAACACAGAGGGGGCCGAGUGUGACCGCUGCAAACCCUUUCACUACGAUCGACCAUGGCAAAGAGCAACAGCCAGGGAGGCCAAUGAAUGUCUCCCCUGUAACUGUAACCUGCAUGCGCGGAGGUGCAGGUUUAACAUGGAGCUGUAUAAGCUGUCUGGGAGGAAGAGUGGAGGGGUCUGUAUGAACUGCAGACACAACACAGCCGGACGACACUGUCAUUACUGCAAGGAAGGCUUUUACCGUGACCUGGCCAGACCCAUUACACACCGCAGAGCCUGCAAAGCGUGUGACUGCCACCCUGUGGGAGCGGCCGGUAAAACGUGUAAUCAGACGACUGGUCAAUGUCCAUGUAAAGACGGUGUGACAGGGAUCACCUGCAACCGCUGUGCCAAAGGAUACCAACAGAGCCGCUCUCCUGUCGCACCGUGUAUCAAAAUCCCUGUCAUAAACCCAACCGCUGUGGUCAGCAGCACAGAGGGGCCUGCAGAUUGUGAGUCUUACUGUAAACCCGUGAAAGGAAAUUUGAAGAUCAAUAUGAAGAAAUAUUGUAAGAAAGAUUAUGCCGUCCAGGUGAGUGUGUUAGAUAUGGAGACCGUUGGCGACUGGGCCAAGUUCUCUGUGAACCUUGUGUCAGUCUAUAAGAGUCGCGGGGACCCUCUGAAACGAGGCGACCACAUUCUGUGGAUCCAUAUGAAGGAUUUGGCCUGUAAAUGUCCACGCAUCCAGAUGAGCAAGCGUUACCUGAUCCUGGGGACUAGUGAGGGUGUGAGUGGGCCUGAGAGGGUGGGGCUGGUGGCGGAUAAGACCAGUCUGGUCAUUCAGUGGAGGGACGUUUGGGCGCGACGACUACGCAAGUUCCAGCGCAAAGAGAAAAAAGGCAAGUGCAGCAAGGCAUGA